UAUGCAACAUCCCCCGUAUUAAAGAAAGCCAUAAAAGAAAAUAACACAACCACUCCAUGCCUUCUUCACAUUAUUUACAGAGAAAACUCAAUUGGAGAUUUGGCUAGUGGAAAAUGACAAUCUUCGUAUUCAAGGAAAAUUGGCAGUAAUUUAUAUAAGCUUCUACCUUUUUUAGGGUUUUGAUGAAUAUUUGAAUUUGGUGUUGGACAGAGCUGUUGAAUAUGACCGCAAGACAAAGGCAACAAAGGAAUUAGGGAAAAUCCUUUUGAAGGGAGAAAACAUUGUUCUUGUUAGAACUUUAGAGUAUUAUUUUAAGCUAAUAUAUUUAGGGAUGUUAAAUUAUGAGUU